UUUAAUUUUGUAGUAAAUUAACCACAAAAACAAAUCAUGUGUUUGACUUGUGAACAUAACCAAUAAUUUAUUAUUAGUUUAAAGUGGUUUAUUGCUAAAACAAAAAUGUUUAGAAAAAGUUUAAUAGGGCAUUAUAAAUUGUAUUACAAACAUUUACAGUCUCUCAAGAAUCGAGUAGUAGCUGACAGAAAUGUCGAGUUUGGACAUACUAAGUACUUAGAUGAGUUGAAGUUACAAGCGACAAGUAUCGUUAAUAGGCUAAAUGUGGUAAUUGCAUCAAACACCUGCACAUCACCAUCAGAGCAGCAGAGUUGCAAUAAACAAAAUAAAUAUCUGAAACUGAAACUUAGUAAAUCAAAGUUUCUUAAGUGUUUUUCACAGAAAAACAAUGCGUUCAUAUUCGGUACAGCUGGAUUAACUCUGGUUUCCGACGAUGCAAAACCAGCGCAGUAUGUCAUUGAACCAAUCCCCGAGCCUCCUCCGGUAUUAGAGAGUGAUGCAUUGGCAGAAGCGGCAUCGCAAUUGACCGCUUUAGGGGAACCGACAUUGGAAUCUUUAGGCUUAGGUGGAUGGUCACCAGUUGGCAUAAUACUGAAUUGUUUAGAAUUUUUGCAUGUCUCAAUGAAUUUACCAUGGUGGGGAGCUAUUGUUGUUGGUACCGUUAUCGCAAGGCUGCUAAUGUUUCCGUUAGUUAUAAUAACGCAAAGAAAUGCUGCCCGAAUGAACAACCAUCUUCCACAAAUGCAAGCAAUUCAAGUGAAGAUGACGGAAGCACGACAGUCCGGUAACCAAAUAGAGUCAGCUAGAUACGCGCAGGAAUUAAUGUUAUUCAUGAAGGAGAAGAAUUUAAACCCUUUAAAGAACAUGAUUGUUCCGAUGGCACAGAUGCCAAUUUUCGUAUCGUUCUUUGUCGGUUUAAGAAGAAUGGCCAAUCUACCUGUGGACAGUCUACGCGACGGCGGGAUCUACUGGUUCACAGAUUUAACAGUGCCAGAUCAAUUCUACGCCCUACCGAUUAUUACAAGCCUGACCUUAUGGACGACUAUUGAACUGGGUACAGACGCAGGCAGACUAUCGUCUCAAAAUUUGCAAACAAUGAAAUACGUUCUACGUGCAUUGCCAAUUAUAAUUUUUCCAUUUACGAUUAAUUUCCCGGGCGUUAUCUUGUGUUAUUGGGUGGCAAGUAAUUUUAUCUCUUUGGCGCAAGUGGGUUUUUUGCGAAUCCCCACGGUUCGCAGUUAUUUUAAAAUCGAAGCGCUUGUCAAACACAAUCCCCAAAAUUUACCGAUGAAAAGCAAGGGUUUUACUGAAGGUUUAAAAGAGAGUUGGACAAAUGCGAAAAUUACAAGACAGUUGGAAGAUCGACGGCAGUUCGACGAGCUGCAAUUUAAACGAGCCGGUAGAGGACCGAUCGAGAAAACUUACAAAUAUGAUCCAACGAAACAGACCAACCCGAAUGCAGUUAGCGCAAAGAAACGAUAAUCUGUAAUAUUUGUUUAAUAAAGUCUUAUGUACAA